CCUCCUUAGAAAUUAAGCUACUCACUUGAGAUUAUUUUUCAUCCACAAUCACCAUGGCUGAAGAGAAGCACCACCACCACCUCUUUCAUCACAAAGAGCAGGCUGCCGAUUCCGAAUCCUCAUUCGAUGCGGCUGAAACUGAGGUUGAUUACAAAAAGGAAGAGAAGCACCACAAACAUGUGGAACAGCUUGGUAAAAUUGGAGCAACUGCUGCUGGUGCUAUUGCUUUGCAUGAGAAGCAUGAAGCAAAUAAAGAUGAAGAGCAUGGCCACCAUCACAAGAUAGAGGAGAAGAUUGCUGAGGCAGCUGCAGUGGCAGCUGGUGGAUUAGCCAUCCAUGAACAUCAUGAGAAGAAAGAAGAUAAGAAAGAAUAUGAGGAAACUCAUGGAAAGAAGCAUCAUCACCUCUUUGGUUGAUCAAGAAAAUUAUGUGUGAUGUUCCCCCACUUAUUAGCUAUUACCAUAAAUAAAACAAUCUAGUGGGUGAAUUUAUUAUAUGUUAGUUACAUAUAUCCUAAAUAAAGUUUAGCAUAAUAAAUAAUUUGCCAAUAACAGGGAUGUAUCGAACAUGAUUCAAAAAUAAAAUGUGAAAAGUAAUUGGGUUGCUCUUCAA